CAGCAGCAGACGCUCAGUGCUGCUCUCAGUGUGCAGAGCGGAGGAGGAGGACAGCACAGGCUGUAGUUAUGUCUCAGCUCCGGGAAUAUUUCUCUCCUGUACUUCUCUUUCAAUCACAGCGCUGUUUUUUCUCCUGUUUUCUUUCUGCGAACUCACUUUUGCCCUCCUCUUUUCUUUAAAAGGGAAAACGAAGAAAAAGAAAGAAGGUUAUAAGGACGGCCAGUAGUGCGUCAUGGUGCAUCUUUGCGCAAUUUUUAUGGAUCUUUUUUUUUAAGUGCUUUUUCCUGCCUGGACUAUAAUGGAGCGCCUCUUCUGCGUGGAGUGGAAACGAGGCAGCGUUUCGCGGCCACUGUCUCCCUGUGAAUAUUUGGCUGCAGCUGCUGCUGAUCUGCGUGAAACCGCUGAAUAAAUCGGAGCUCUCUUAAAGGAAAAAGAGGGUUGCAGUAAGUGGCUUUUUUUUCUCUGCCUCUGACAAUGUGCCAAGUUCAUCCAACAAGCAGGAUCCCGGCGAUUCGCGGUGGUUUGUAUCUUUUGCUUGUCAAGGAUAGAUUACAUUUGUGAGGGAUUUAAAACAGUUUUUGGAAAUCAUUGUGAAGGUCAAUGGAAAGAUUUGCGCAUCCCCUGUGCGUCACGGUCCCAUUUUUUAUACCAAAUAACAGCGGUGCGCCUUUUCCCCCGCGCGCCUCUGAGCUUGUAUGAGCGCCUGUUUGUGUCCGUGUGAGCGCCUCUACCUCCUUUUUUCUCCCCUCUCUCCCUACAGUGAGGACUCACUCCCAGUUUUUUUUCUUUUUUUCCCCACCCCCAUAUCUUCCAUCCCAGGCUCGUGCAGCAAACUUAAAUGCUGGAUCUAUAUUUCAGCGACCUUUCCUGGCUGUAAAAAUGCUGAGCGGCGUCCUCUUGCUGAGCGUCCUCACGGUCACCAGCCUGUCACCGUCCGAAACGGAGAGCCGCAAAACUUCAGCCUCCAAAGAUAUCUGCAAGACGCGCUGCGUCUGCGAAGAGCGAGAGAACAUCCUGAACAUCAACUGCGAGAAUAAAGGAUUUACCACCGUCAGCCAGUUUCAGGCGCCUCCCAAUAAAAUCUCCCAGCUUUUUCUGAACGGAAACUUCCUGUCACGGCUCAGCGCAAAUGAGUUCGUCAAUUACGGCAAUGUCACCUCGCUGCAUCUUGGAAAUAAUGGCUUGCAGGAGAUCCGACCAGGUGCUUUUAACGGGCUCCGCUUCCUGAAGCGGCUCCACUUGAACAACAAUAACUUGGAGGUGAUUAAAGAGGACACGUUUACAGGAUUGGAGAGUUUGGAGUAUUUACAGGCAGAUUAUAAUUAUAUCAGUGCCAUCGAGCCUGGCGCUUUCAGUAAACUGAACAAGCUCAAAGUGUUGAUCCUCAACGACAACCUGCUGUUGUCUCUGCCUCCUAAUAUCUUCCGCUUUGUGCUCCUCACGCAUUUGGAUUUACGUGGUAACCGACUGAAGAUGCUGCCCUUUGCGGGGGUCCUGGAGCACAUAGGUGGCAUCAUGGAGAUUCAGCUAGAGGAGAACCCGUGGAACUGCACCUGUGAUCUAAUCCCCCUCAAAUCCUGGCUGGACACCAUCUCUGUGUUUGUGGGGGACAUAGUGUGUGAGACGCCAUUCAGGCUGCACGGCAAAGACAUCACACAGCUCAUAAAGCAGGAUCUGUGCCCCCGCAGGAACGCAGGGGAGCGUGUUCACCCUGCCUCCGACUCUCAUUUUCCAGGGGCCCUGGCCCCGACCUACCACCCUGGUAUUAACACCCCCACCCGAGCCCCAAAAGCUUCUCGCCCUCCCAAAGUGCGCUACAGACCCACCCCUCGCCUCUCAAAGGACAAACACGUCUUUGGGCCCAUAAUGGUUUACCAAACACGCUCCCCUGUGCCCAUGCUGUGUCCCAGUGUGUGCGUUUGCACGUCACAAAAUCCAGAGAGUGGACUGAACAUCAAUUGCCAAGAGCGGAAGUUACACAACAUUACUGAGCUUCACCCCAAGCCCUCCUACCCAAAGAAACUCCACCUCACUGGCAACUAUUUACAAAUGAUUUACAGAACUGAUCUGACUGAGUACAGCUCGCUGGAGCUGCUGCAUUUAGGGAAUAACAGGAUAGCAGUGAUUCAUGAAGGAGCUUUUGAGAAUCUCACAAACCUCAGACGGUUAUAUCUGAAUGGGAAUUAUAUUGAAUCACUCUCUCAGUCUCUCUUUGCUGGUCUGCAGUCUCUCCAGUAUCUCUAUUUGGAAUAUAACAUCAUCAAGGAAAUUUUACCACAAACAUUUAACUCACUUCACAACCUUCAGCUGCUGUUUCUCAACAACAACCUGCUGCGAUCCCUCCCUGACAAUGUGUUCGGGGGCACCAUGCUAACAAGACUCAACCUGCGGAAUAAUCAUUUCUCCUACCUUCCAGUUCGCGGUGUUCUAGACCAGCUGUCUGCAUUCAUUCAGAUCGACCUGCAGGAGAACCCCUGGGACUGCACCUGUGACAUCGUCGCCCUCAAAAACUGGAUGGAGCUGUCCAGUACCAGCGUGGUGGUUAAUGAAAUAACCUGUGAUUCCCCCUCAAAGCAUGCGGGGCGCCUACUGCGCUCCCUUCGCAAUGAGGCCAUCUGCCCUGAGCCCAGCGAGGUGCCCCCACUGCAGCAGGCACCCCCUACGAAAGCUCCCACAUUAAGCAGCCCUCACACUGAAGCCCCCACCCCCUCUUCCUCUUCUUCUUCUCCCACUUCUUCCCCGUCUUCUUCUUUCAGCUCAGUCAGCCCCACUGAAUCCCGCCUCCACACCCCUGAGUUACACCCCGAGGUCCCCCUUUCAGUCCUCAUACUUGGGCUCCUUGUGGUUUUCAUCUUGUCGGUCUGCUUUGGCGCUGGCCUCUUUGUUUUUGUUCUAAAACGGCGCAAAGGGGUCGAACACAUCCCCACAGGUGCUAACAACUUAGAUCUCAACUCUUUCCAAGUGCAGUAUGGCUCCUACGCUCCAGAACCAACCCAAGACAAAAGCUCUGAAAGCCACGUUUAUAACUACAUUCCCCCACCCGUGGGCUCCAUGUGCCAAAACCCCAUUUACAUGCAGAAGGAUGGUGAACAGGUGGCUUAUUACCGCAACCUGAAGGAGCUCAGCUUUGGGCCUCUGGACACAAAGAAGGACGACAUCCUUCACCGCAGCCCAGGGGCCUACACCAUCAGCACAGUGGAUUUUAUGGAUAAAUCUCCAACGUCAUGUGGCUUGGUCACCCCGGAGCCUCCUGAGAUGUUGUAUCAGAACUUAGGGGAAAGGCCCAACAAAGAACUCCCCACAACGGCAGGCAUCCCUCCAUUCACCUACAACUUUUGCACUCUGCCUAAGAGACCUUGCAUCGUGCCCCCUUAUGAGGCUGCCACAGCACGGAGGCACAUCAGCAACCAGGACAGGGUGAACAAAACUGUGUUGUAUGGCACCCCGAGGAAAUACUUUGGGCCCGAACACCCUUCUAAAAAUGAGCACCCACUCCUGCUCCCUGGAAAGCUAAAAGCAGAGCCCGACUACCUGGAGGUUCUGGAGAAACAGACUGCCAUGAGCCAACUGUAAGAUAGUGACAACGGCCGCAUUCGUAAUAAUCACGCUGUUACUGUAAUAAUAGCCCUCUCUAUAUAUCUAUCUUAUCUAUCUGUGUUCAAUCCUACAUGACAGACUGGAAGUGAACUGAAGCCUCUGAUGAUCUUUUUUUCUCUCUCUCUUGCUUUUCUUUCCAAGAUGUAUAAAAGAAAUAUAAGAAGUAUAUUAUUAUGCAGGUCUAUUUUUUUCUUCUGGAAGGUAUAAAUUAUUUCUUCAUUUUUGGAAAAAGGAAAUUCUAAAAAAAAAAGAAAAAGACUUUGAUGACAGCAGGUAUCCAAAAUGGGCAGGACUGUGUACAAAAACUGUAUUUUAUUUUCCCAGUGACAAAGACAAAAAGAGUUAUUCUUUGUAGAAGAGGACUGACAUUCCUGUAUAUAUUUAGCCUACACAGAUAAAUGGUGAGUGUUAAAACCAUCAAAGAAAACCUUUUCAACACCCAACAAAUGGCGAAAUCAUACAAUACUUAUCCCAGAAAGUGCCUUUGCACUCAACUAUUUUAGCAACGAUGCUCUCUGCAAACUGGAAAUGUCCUUUUUUCUUUUUCAAAGUGCUGUAUUUUAAAGAAAUCUUUAUGUAAAAUAGAAGAUUUAUUUGUCCGUUUCAAAAGAAAAAAAAGGAAAAAAAUGAACUCAAGACCGGGUGUGAAGUUAUAUGUUGGUUCCUGCCAGGGAAGACCAUAUUAUUUUGCUAUGUGUCUUUGGAGCUGUACAACUUCUAGACAACAUUGUAUGCUAUAGGUGAGCAAUACAGUGCGGCAAAGCAGCGCAAUUAAAUUUUCACUGAAGCACUUUGUCAAGAUCCUGAGCUGGGAGUGAAUUUUGUUUCCACUGUGCAUGAUUAUUU